ACCACAACUGCGAAUGAAAUCGCCAGUCUUAAAGAAUGGACGGAACUGUAUUGACUCGAUUGUUUGCGCUCGUGCUCGCCAUUCAUUGCACAGGAUGGAUUGGAAGUUCGUCUUCUACGCGAGUGAGUCUCGUCGACAAUGAAUACGUCGAUUUGGUGUUCGCCAUCAGUGACGCAGUACCUGAGGAUCAAUCCGACAUCAUCAUUAGUAACAUCAAGAAAAUGAUUUUAGAAGCAUCUCCUGUGUUAUACAAGGCGACGAUUGAUCGAGCCUAUUUCAAACGUGUCCAAAUUCUCAUUCCCCAAUCGUGGAAGAAUGUGAAUGCAACAACGAGCAGUUGGGAAACGUUCCAAACAGCUGACGUCAUCGUGGACGCACCCAAUCCUAUGCAUGGAGACGUUCCAUACACCCGACAGAAUGGCCAAUGCGGCGAUCCAGGUGAAAAAAUCCACUUGACUCCAAACUACGUUGCCACACUUGACGAAGAUGCGAACAAUUUGCAGUUCGGCAAACCAGGCAAGGUCUUCGUCCAUGAAUGGGCUCAUUAUCGCUACGGCGUUUUUGACGAAUACGGGACACCUGGCGAUACCGAUUACCCAUAUUUCUAUCGAACGCAAGGCGUGAAGGACCCGGUGCCCAAUAUGUGCAGUAAUAAACCGCCUGUUUUCACAACUCGCGACAUUAGUAACAAUUCAACGAAGUGCAAAAUCGAUCCUAAAACGCAGAAUUACGACAAGAAUUGCACAUUCACGUUCAACAAAUUUUAUAAGCCGGAUACAUCUCUGAUGUCCUAUCAUCAACUCGAUUCGGUGGUUCAUUUCUGCAAGGAUGACCAACAACACGCGCACAAAGUGGAAAACCCAACAAAACACAAUACCAUGUGCGGAGGUGUCAGCACUUGGACGGUCAUUAUGCGCAGCCCUGACUUUGCGAAUAACAAAACUAAACAAGUCGAUUUGGAUCAAAUGACGACAGAGUUUAACAUCGUUCGGUCGAGUGGGUCGCGAUUCGUCCUAGUGGCUGACGUUUCCGACAGCAUGAGAAUCUGCAAUCGUAUCGAGAAACUGGGUGAAUCUGUGCGCUCCUGGAUCAAAUACGAUCUACCCACUGGAAGCAAACUGGGAAUGAUUAUGUUCAGUUCUAUGGCUCAUGUUGUCAGCGAACUGGAAACCAUCACCGACAUGAAAUCACGUCAAGAGAUGAUGGAGAAAGUGCCCAAUCAAUUGUUUUCUGCCACUUGUAUCGGAUGCGGCCUCGAUCUCGCUGUCCAGAUGCUUAGUAAUCCGAAUGAUACAGAAAAAAGCGGAAUCAUUCUCCUGGUUACCGAUGGCAAAAAUUCGCCAGGUUAUCUCAGCAUUGCCGACGUACAGCAGGACAUUGUUCAAGCAGGCAUCCGUGUCGUCAGCAUCGCCUUCGGGAAACAAGCGGAUAAGGGCAUUGAGCACCUUGCCGACAUCACCGAUGGCAAAAGCUAUUUCAUUAACGACGAUGAUACGAGCGAAGCCCUUCAACAGGCUUUCUUGGGCGCUUGCACGUAUCAAUCGAGUGUCAACAGCAGCGAUUUGCAAUUCAAAUUGUUCGAACAAACAGUCUCUGCUGACCAAUCGACAACGGACAUCGAUGGCGGUUUCGAUGUUGAUCCGACGGUCGGUCGCAAUUUGAAACUGAGCAUUUUCAAUCUAGAGAAACUGACGAAUUUGGAAUCGAUGGAACUGACCGCACCUGACGGUAAUGUCACCAACACGAUCGAUUAUGAAACGACCACAGCUUCGGUUACGGUAGAUUUGGCGAUGAUCGGCAGAUGGGCCCUGAACGUCAAGUUAAAGAGCUCGCAAACGAAAUCGGUACAGGUCACCGUUACAACUCAACUGCAUCCGGACGUAAGCACGCCAAUCACCACCAGAUGUUGGGUAGCCAACGGAGCUGAUAUUAAAGACGUCUGUACGGACCCAAUUAAAAUUCACGCUGAGGUGUGGAAGGGAUCGUAUCCAGUAACAGGAGCCACAGUCAAAGCUUUUUUGGUGAAACCCAACAAUGAGUCGGAAGUUUUGGAACUGCUGGACAAUGGCGUCAAUGCCGACACUGAGGCCGAUGAUGGUGUUUAUUCCAAGUAUUACACCAACGCCACGCAGAAGGGUCGGUACACGCUCAAAUGUCAGGUGAUCAGCAAUAACGACACUGUUCAGGCUUUAGGCUUUUUUGGCUCUGCUAGCCCUCAGCUUCACGGUAAUGUAAUCGAUGAAAACGACGAAGGAACUCCUAUGACCAGUUUUACUCGAAUCGCUUCUGGUGGAUCAUUUCAGGUGGAGAUUCCCGUGCAAAGUGACGACGCUUAUCCACCAGGUGAAGUCAGGGAUCUUUCAGUCAUGUUACUUAAUGAAACAGAGAAAAACAUCACGAUCGAAUUGAAAUGGACGGCUCCCGGUGACGAACUCGAUGCGGGCACUGUUGCUUAUUACGAACUGAAGUAUUCAGACAUCGCUGCCGACGUAAUGAAUUCAAACUUUGACGAUGAAUCUUCUGUUCGCAAGAGGCGCUCCGUCAUCAAAGAAGAUGAUCUCGUGGCCGGUUCGCUCGAGCCCAUCGAAGCUGGCUCAUUGCAAACGGCCAUCUUCUUGCUAUCCGAUAUUGAUCAGGAACGACCUUAUUACGUGACACUACGAGCAGUGGACAAAGCCGGAAAGGCUGGGCAAGUCUCCAACUUGGUUGUUUUCUUCGUGCCGGACAAAUCGGCGCUGCUGAUUGUGGACGAUUUCGACGGAGAUUUAGAAGAAUCUACUGGAUUUGAAACAAGGGAUAUCAUCUACGUGAAGCAAUCGGGCUCUCACGUCACCUCGUUAUUGGUUGCAGCCUUUGGGCUUAUUUUGAUCGCCUGUCUGUGUGUGGCCUUACUGAUGGCCAUCGUUAAACACACCAGAACCUUUCCGUCCUACGCUGGUAUUCCGGCUAUUGAAAAUCACGAUUUACCUUGUAUUUAGAUACUUACGGUAAAUUUAAUUUAUCCCUUUUCAAAGCUCCAAAUAUCUUUAGGUACAUAGGAAUUUUUCAAUUUCACAAAACAUCAGUGUUUCGUUACUUCAAUGAACUGAGUCAUAGCUGUUUAACAGUAUUGCUUUACCUUGUUUAUUCGUAUUAAAUACGUAAUCUACAUGCCUGCUGGGUAUGUGGAUAGACAUAUGAUGAAUAUAAGUAUGUCGUGAGUUAAAAAAAGAAACUAUAAUGUUGCAUUCAUUCACCAAGAGGCAACUCAAUAGCCGUAUUCGCUGUAAUAGCCAUGUUUGUAUCCAGCGCCGUAGCCUGUAGUUUCCAUACACAUGAUACAUUUAAUAA